AUGUGCCUCAGACUAAUCUGUGAGAAGCUAAAAAAUCCUGAUCCAAAUCGAUUUAACUCUUCCACUGUUUCUGCAGCCAGUGAGCGACUGUGUGUCAACAUAACCAGCUCCCUCAUACAGUUACUGAACGUGACUCAGUCCAGUUGGAGACAGGAUCUCCGGAGGAGACUGAGGGAGGAGGGAGGAGGCACUCAAUUGGAGGAUGUGAGAAUCAAAUCUCACAGGAGGACGGGAAGUGGAAGAUCACAUGAUCAGUCACACGACCCAAUGAUGUCAUCUCAGAUGGAGAGAGGUCUAGCUCUUCUGCACUCUGUGAGGCUCGUUAGCGAGACUCGACAGAGGUCAAAGUUCAUCCCGUUUCUUCUGCGAAACAGCACAGGCCUUUGUCUUCAGUUUGCUACCCUCACUUCAGUUCCCUCUCAGGACACGAGAUCGCUGAUUGUUCACCAGCUCCUAGUGAGGGUUGAGGGGUGGAGCCAGAUUGACAUUCCAGUCUCAGUGGACAAGAUUGGAGUCUUCUUUAGAGAGGUGCGACCAAGCCACGAAACCAAGUUCUCCCCACACCCUCCUCGCUGGCUGGUCUUUGCCAUCUCUCUGAGCGACACUUGCAAGAUCAUCAAUGUCCGUUCCUCCCUCGUCCUCCACAACACCACAGAGCUCACUCUCGAUGUUAGACUAGAGAGACCCUUCACCUCUUCUCUCUCCUCAUCCAUAGCGAUAUUGCUGCCAGCAGGUGUGAGACGGUGGAUCUCCAGUGCUGCCAGCCAGAGGGUACAUGGCAGUUCCACUCCACCUGGUGGAGUGGGGUAUACGAGUCAGACCCCACGGCUGGGGUACCCAGUACUCCGGGAAGAACCUCGUCUGGAGACACGCCAGCGGGCAGACUCCAACCAGCCACGUCCGCACCUGUGAGAAGAUUGGGGAGGAAGAAGGCACACCAUUCAGAUCUGUUGUGAGUGGUCCAGAGCGAGAAGCUUCCACACAGGAUCCCUCUGAAAAUAACACACCUCUCUCCCAAAUGCUCACAAACAGCGAAAGACUCGGACAAUCUCUCCCUCCCGUCACCAUCUCCAACCUCCUCCCCUGCGAUUUACAAGUAUUUCUCGACCACGAUAAAAGAGCACGCUCCCCGACUAUAAGAUGGUCAGGGAGAGGAGAGAG